GAAACUAAACAAACGCUCGGAGCGUUCGAGUAGAGAAGUCUUGGUUCGAGUGCAGAACUACAUUUCCCAGCGGGCAUCGGGACCAGGGGACGUCCUGGGCCUCUGGAGUUGCCACCGUCGCGGGCGCGAGUAAGCUUUUCAAAAUGUCCAACAAAGAAUCUUGUGGAAAAAAAGAGAAGUCUCGGAGAAAAGGCAGCACCGCAUCACCCAACUUUGACGUAGAAGAUAAGAAAGAGAAAAAAGCUUCAAGUUCUCCUAGUUCAGCUUGCUGUGUAAGGUCUGUUUCAUCAGAGAAGAGAAAACUGAAAUCGGAUCAUACAGACAUUCUGUACUGUGAUAUAAAAAGACAAGAAGUGAAAAGAUUGAAUGUAGAAACCGACACUCCAGGAAGGAGACCAAAAAUCAGUUCUUUAUCCCCUCAAGGGCCUGUUAAACUCCAGGAAGCAUCAUAUUCCGAUGCUAAUCAAAUUGUCUCACAGAACCCUUCUUCACAUGGGACUAAAAAAGAUUUAACUAAAUAUGACAAUUUUAAAGAUAUUAAAUUGACAAAUGUUAGGAGCAAGGCUGACCAUGGAAUUAAAAACUUUUGCGGUCCUAAGAUUGCCAAAGAUGUGAAACCAAAAACAGAAGGCCAAGCAAGUGAAAAACAAUGGCCUCAUUUACUCACUCAGGGGGAGAAGUUGAAAGAACUCAAGAAAGAAAGGUACAGGAAAUUUAGAGACAGUUCUGAAAAAUGUGUUUUGGGGAAACGCAAGAGAAUCCAUUUUUCUCAGGAUUGUAAUUCCGACAAGAUAAUCAAGGAAUCCCUUGAAUCUAGAAGAAGGAAGAUCAGUUUCAAAAUCCCAAUAAAAUCCCGUGAUACUCUCCAGAAGCUUGUAGAAGAGAAUGUCUUCAAUUUAGAGUCUAACAAUUCAAAGACUAAGCAGGAGAAGAAAGAAAGACUGAAAGGUUCUCAAGCUUCAUUAAAUUUGACUAGGCACAAAAGUGAACGUUUAUUUUCAGAAUCCACGUAUAAACAGGCUGUACAUGAGUGGAAAGGAAAAUAUCAUCAUGAGCAUCGAGAAAGUAAUGAUUCAGGUUCUGGUGAAAACCCAAUCCAGAGUUUUGAAGCUCCAUGUUCUUCAGUGUCCCUUGAAAGUAUUCAAGAUACAGAUCAAGAGAUGCAGAUAGUGGAAGAGCUCCAUGCUGUACGUGUGGGGAAAAGUGUGGAUUUACCUGUGGUUUUAUCUUCCGGGGAGUUAACGAGCAUGGAGAUUGACUUGGUGGACGAUGAUGUACAUUCCUCUCCUGCAAAAAGUGCUUCAGAUAAAAAGCUUCUAAUUGUUAUUGACACAAAUAUUCUGAUGAAUCAUCUCAAAUUUGUUAGAAUUUUGAAGACCACAGAAAUCCCAGGCUUUGAUAGACUUGUGUUAAUAAUUCCCUGGGUGGUUGUACAAGAGCUAGAUCGUAUGAAGGCAGGAAAACUACUAAAACACGCCCAGCACAAAGCUAUACCUGCAGUUCAUUUUAUCAAUGACAGUCUCAAAAAUCAAGAUAAAAAGCUAUGGGGUCAAUCAAUACAACUCGCAUCUCAAAAAGUUUAUGGGCUGAGUGAUGAGAACAAUGAUGAUCGAGUAUUAAAAUGCUGUCUUCAGUACCAGGAAUUAUUCCCUUCUUCUGUUGUUAUUCUGUGCACGGAUGAUAGAAAUUUAAGAAACAAAGGCCUAAUAAGUGGUGUGAAGUCACUCAGUAAAGAAGAAUUGAGUGCAGAUUUAUUAAACUUAUCUCCGAACACAGAUGUAUGUCAUCAACCUUGUUUAUCUAAACAACAAUUGAAAGCAGAAGCGACACCAUUAGAAGAGAGCUAUAAGGGAGAAUCUGUACAUUCCAGACUACCCAUUCUACUUGAAAGCAUCAUAUCUGAUCUUGAAAAAUCUCUUGGAACAGCUUUAUCUUCAAUACUAGAAACAGAAAUGAAAAUUGCUUUUGGAAACCUCUGGAUGGAGAUGCUGUACUUGAAACCACCAUGGACUCUAAUUCAUUUAUUACAGUGCUUUAGAAAACAUUGGUUGGCUGUAUUUGGAUUAGUUAUGGAGAAGAACGUGCUUUUAACCAUUGAGAGCCUAUAUGAAAAUCUCUGUAAAGCUAACAAGGCAGUGGAUUUUACAACAGUGAAAUUUCUGCUUCAGGAUUCUAAAAGUUUGUUACAUGCUUUCAGUACAAGGUCAAAUUAUGAUGGUAUUCUUCCACAGGCCUUUGCUCAAGUUAACAAACUACUCCAGACAUUUGCAGAGGUCAAGGCAAAACUUAAGCAAAAUCCUUCAGAAACUACAGUGCGUAAAAAGCAAGAAGAUACCUCGUUAAUGAAAUCUAAUAACCAAGAAGUCACCAUUUUCUCAGGUUCUCAUCUUCCCCAGCCCAACAGGCAUCAAAAAAUCUGGUCUACCCUAGAGAAUGUUUGGACAACAUUAUAUCAGAACAGCAUGGAUGUAUUUCAAAGAUUGGGCUCAAAUGCAGCUUUGACUUCUUCAAAAAUAGCAUCAUUUGAGGAAGCAUUUGUAUAUCUUCAAAAGUUAAUGGCAGCUGUGAAGGAUAUUCUUGAAGGAAUUCAGAGGAUUUUGGCCCCUAACAGUAAUUUUCAAGAUGUUGAGACCCUCUAUAACUUCCUAGUCAAGUAUGAGGUGAAUAAAAAUGUCCAAUUCACUGCCCAGGAACUUUAUGAUUGUGUCUCACAGACUGAGUAUCGGGAAAAGUUAACCAUUGGAUGCCGCCAGCUGGUCGAGAUGGAAAAUUCCAUGCAGCAGUGCAAUGCAUCUGUCUAUAUGGAGGCCAAAAACAGGGGAUGGUGUGAGGACAUGCUUAACUAUAGGACCUAAAUCCUGAUUUAUAACUUAAAAGGAAUGGCAUUUGUCUUCAAGAACAAUAGAGUGGCUAUCAACCUUUUGAGUUAAACCCAAGUCUUGUAAAAAAAAAAAAAAAAAAAAAUGUCUCAUAGGUGCAAGAAGGUGAUUGCUUAUUGUUGAAAAUCUCAUUGAGAUUCUAAAAAGCCUAAUGCAUCCAUUGUGGGAUAAACUGUGUACUCAACUCAUUGCAGUUGACAAUACCUCCCUACCUCUACUCCUGACACUGAGCCAAUCUGUCUAAAGAAGGGAGAGCUGUCUUUUUAAUCUCUUAGGGCAGGAGCCACUUUGGCAUCUGUGGAAGGCCCAGGGGCACAACUUUAGCAUCUCUCUCAACCCUAAACAUGAAUGCAUGGCCAGAAACACUUCCAAACCCCAAGAAAGAAAUAGGACAAUUAGGACAUGGCCAUGCUUACCAUGCUCCACAAAUGAAAUCUUACCCUGGGCUGUUUUAUGAUCACACUGUCUUCCAUUUAGACCUGGUGAACGUAACAUACAUCCCUUCCACUUCCCCCAAGGUAAUAAAAGUAGAAUUUUGACUUCAGCUCCUACUUACUAUAUAGUUUCUUUUCUCCUACCCUAGGCUUGUCACUUUUCAGUGCAUUUCUAAUGGAAAAAGCAGAGGAGACCCCUAUAACAGACUUCCCUUAAAUGUGAAAGAGGCAUGGAUUUAUGGGAUUAAGUGGCAGUGACUAAUGUUUGCCCCUAGCUAAACCAAGUGUUUAAUCAACUUAUUUAGUUAUACAAUACAUUGGAAAUCCUUGUUUAGUAGAGUAUAUUAUGCUUUUGUUAAUACAUUAGACUAAAUCUAAUUUGGUAUUCUAUGAUAAAUGUUAAUUUAUUUUUUACAAAAAAGCAAUAAAUUUUAUUUUUAGUAAGGUUUUGCUUUUCAUUUUACUUCCAAAUUGUGUUUCUUGAACUGUGUACAAGGUAUGAUGAUAAAAGUGACCCUCUCCUAACACAAGAGAAUCUAUGCCGGAUUCUCAGUGUCAAUCUGUGCAGGGCCCCGCCGAGCUUUAUGUUUGCAUAGGAAGCCACAGCUCUACCUAGGGCUCAAAUGCCAUCAGGAAUAUGAGCCGAGCCCCGUGGGAGGAGAAGCUUCCAGAGGAUCUCUGCUCUCUUUCCUUUUCUUCCUGGAGGAGCCAGAAAAGCAUCGCCCUCCCCACCCCUCCAGGUUUUUUUUUUUUUUCUUCAGAUUUUUAUCCUUCAACUGCUUCUGGUUUGUUACUGGGUUUUGGUUCUGCUUUGUAAACUCCCUCUCCUCUUCCCUCUUUUUAUUUAAAAAAAAAAAAAAAAAAUUUUUUUUUU